AUGAACCAACAACGGUCUCGUCGAUUCCGAUCCGCGCAGGAAGCUCAGGAGAAAGAGGAGGACAAGCAAGAGCUUCUCAAACUGUUGAAGCAGCAGAAUGUUGGUGCCGUCUCCGAUGACAGCUUGGAAAGCGUCACGAAGAAGGCCUUCGACUCGAAUUCUAUUACUCCCGGUACUCCAUUCAUGGACAUUCUGGCGGCGAGUUUGCGAUACUGGUGCGCAUACAAGCUCAACACGGAUCCGGCCUGGGCUAGGCUUAAAAUCAUCAUUUCGGAUGCAACAGUCCCCGGAGAGGGCGAGCACAAAAUCAUGAACUUUGUGCGGUCUCAGCGCAUUUCUCCAGACUAUGACCCGAACACCCGCCACGUCAUCUACGGUCUCGAUGCCGAUUUGAUCAUGCUCGGCCUAGCCACCCACGAGCCCCAUUUCCGAGUUCUGCGUGAGGAUGUCUUUUUCCAAGAUAGCAAAGCGAAGAUGUGCAAGCUGUGUGGACAGAAGGGACACGAGGCUCGUGCCUGUCGCGGACAAGCCAAAGAGAAGGUUGGUGAAUUCGACGAGCAGGAGAAGAGUCUCGCUCUCAAGCCCUUCAUCUGGCUUCACGUCUCUAUCCUCCGCGAGUAUUUGGCCGCGGAGCUCAAUGUUCCAGGCUUGCCCUUCCGCUUCGACCUGGAGAGAGCCAUUGAUGACUGGGUCUUUAUGUGCUGUUUCGUGGGUAACGACUUUUUGCCUCACUUGCCAGCACUUGAAAUUCGAGAGAAUGGAAUCGACACCCUGACAGCUAUUUGGAAGGACAACUUACCCUUCAUGGGCGGCUAUGUGGUGAAGGAUGGCCACGUCGACCUGGGCCGGGCGCAGCUGAUUCUGAAUGGUUUGGCGAAGCAAGAGGACGCUAUCUUCAAGAGAAGGAAGGAGACCGAAGAUCGGAGAGAGGCUAGCUUCAAACGGAGAAAGCUUCAGGAAGAGCGCAACCCCAGAUUUGCCAAACCAAAACAAGUCGACAAUGCGGCAGCGGGCUUGACCUUGUUCCCGGCUGCGGGAGGUCCGAAUGGCAUUACACACGACAUGGUAGUUGGCCGCUCGUCUAAUAUGAACGCGAACACUGCCAACAAAAGCGCCGCAAGCGCCAUUCGUGAUCAACUCAAAGGCUUGAUGUCCAAGACGGAGCCUGGUCAAGAAGUCGACGCUAGCGAGAAAGCGAGCGAAGAGGCCCCUAGCACUCCGGACCAGAAGUCCGUGCUUGGCAAACGAAAGGCCGAGGACACGGCGACGCAGACCGACUCGACUCCCGCGAGUGCGACGGGCCCAAGCACGCCAUCUGCUGCCGAAGAAGCUGCAGUAGACCAUGUUAGGAUGUGGGAGGAGGGCUAUGCCGAUCGAUACUACGAGCAGAAGUUUCACGUUGACCGCAACGACCAUGAGUUUCGGCACAAAGUUGCAAGAGCCUACGUUGAGGGCCUGUCUUGGGUUCUUUUGUACUACUUCCAGGGUUGUCCGUCUUGGGAGUGGUACUACCCGUACCACUAUGCUCCAUUUGCCGCGGACUUUGUCGAUCUUGACAAGAUGGAUGUCCAGUUUGAAAAGGGCCGCAUCUCGAAGCCGUUUGAGCAGCUCAUGAGUGUGAUGCCAGCCGCCUCUCGCAAUGCGCUGCCCGAGGUUUUCCAUGACCUGAUGUUGAACGAAGAUAGCGAAGUCAUUGACUUCUAUCCGACCGAGUUCGAGAUCGAUCUUAAUGGAAAGAAGAUGGCGUGGCAGGGAGUGGCACUUCUGCCUUUCAUCGAGAUGCCGAGGUUGUUGGCCGCUGUUGAAAAGAAGUAUCCCUUGCUGAGUGCGGCAGACCAGGCACGAAACGGUGUUGGCAGGGAUGUGCUACUUCUGUCAGAUGCCCACCACGAGCUUUAUGACGAGAUCACGACCAGCUUUUACUCCAAAAAACAGGGGGCACCCACGCUGAAGCUCAAUCCGCGGACCAGCGACGGGCUGGCUGGUAACGUCGAGAAGAUCCCGGAUUAUUUGCCUCACGGGGAGUUAGUAUAUCCUUUGGAUCGCGGAGGAAUGCCCAACCUCGACUACGACAGGUCUCUCAGGUAUGCCAAGUCCGCAAAUGCAUUAUAUUGA